CAGCUGUUCUGUCUAUGACACUGGUCUCCUCUUCUCUCUCUAAAGCCUCCCUUCAUUUUCUCUCUCUAUCUCUCUAAAAAUGCUGAAAAGCAAUCACAUCGAUCUUUGCUACUGAACCACAGAACCAAUUCCAAUGCCGUCGUCUUUUUCAAUUUUGGCCCUGAUCUUGGCCUUCGCCGCCAUUCUACUGACGGCGGCCGUAGUCCACUGUGGUUCUCCGGCCAGCCUUCUCACUCUGGAGAGGGCUUUUCCGGUGAACCAGCGGGUCGAGCUCGAGGUACUCAGGGCUCGUGAUCAAGCCCGGCACGGACGAUUAUUGCGAGGUGUAGUUGGGGGUGUUGUUGAUUUCACCGUCUAUGGUACCUCCGAUCCGUACCUGGUUGGGCUUUAUUUUACAAAAGUGAAACUGGGCUCUCCUCCAAGGGAAUUCAAUGUGCAGAUUGAUACUGGAAGUGAUAUAUUGUGGGUUACCUGCAAUUCGUGCAAUGAUUGCCCCAGAACUAGCGGACUCGGAAUUGAGCUCAGUUUUUUUGAUCCUUCCAGCUCAUCAACCACUUCUCUAGUCUCCUGUUCACACCCAAUAUGCACUUCCCUAGUUCAAACCACUGCAGCUGAGUGCUCCCCUCAGAGCAAUCAGUGCAGUUACUCAUUCCACUAUGGGGAUGGAAGUGGGACAACAGGUUAUUAUGUAUCCGACAUGUUCUAUUUUGACACAGUUUUGGGGGACUCUUUGAUUGCUAACUCCUCAGCUUCCAUUGUAUUUGGGUGUAGCACCUACCAAUCCGGAGACUUGACUAAAAUGGAUAAGGCAAUUGAUGGAAUUUUUGGGUUUGGCCAGCAGGAUCUAUCUGUUGUGUCACAAUUGUCAUCGCUAGGGAUAACACCAAAGGUUUUCUCCCAUUGCUUGAAAGGAGAAGGAGAUGGUGGGGGUAAACUGGUCCUCGGUGAGAUUUUGGAGCCAAGUAUAAUUUAUAGUCCACUUGUGCCAUCACAGUCUCAUUAUAAUCUAAACCUGCAGAGCAUUUCUGUCAAUGGGCAACUGCUGCCAAUUGAUCCGGCUGUGUUUGCAACAUCAGACAACCAAGGAACAAUUGUUGAUUCUGGAACAACUUUGACAUACCUAGUGGAAACCGCUUAUGAUCCUUUUGUAAGCGCUAUAACUGCAACUGUUUCAUCAUCUACGACUCCUGUCCUUUCAAAAGGAAACCAGUGUUAUCUAGUCUCCACCGGUGUAGAUGAAAUAUUUCCUCCAGUCAGUUUAAACUUCGCUGGCGGUGCAUCGAUGGUUUUAAAACCAGGAGAAUACCUUAUGCAUCUUGGUUUUUCUGAUGGUGCUGCAAUGUGGUGCAUUGGAUUUCAGAAAGUUGCAGAGCCAGGGAUAACAAUUUUAGGAGAUCUUGUUCUUAAGGAUAAAAUCUUUGUUUAUGACCUUGCUCAUCAACGGAUUGGAUGGGCUAACUAUGACUGUUCAUUGUCUGUAAAUGUCUCUGUAACAUCUGGUAAGGAUGAAUUCAUAAAUUCAGGACAGCUGAGUAUGAGCAGCUCGUCACAGAACAUGCUCUUUGAGCCGAUCCCUAGAAGCAUUAAGGCUCUCCUUAUCCACAUUUUAGUGUUCAGUGGGUUCCUAUUCUUUGUAACUUAAGCCUCAGGUUUGAAAUCCCAUUCCUUGUUCAAUGUGUUUUGGCCUGGUCAAUUCUUAUUUAUGGUGGUUGGCCAACAGUUCCCUUAUUAUUUGGAUUGCUAGCAGUAGCUGGUUCUUGUCCUAUAUAAUUCAAAUUCUGAUUGCUGGCAAAUGUGGUGUUGUGUACCCUCUUCUAACCAAAAUUUCCUCCUCCUAGAGAGUACUGCAUCUUGAGCAAUGCCGCCUUGUAAAUUGUAUCUGCACCACUUCUUGAGGGUUGAAGAAUUGAACUAUGGCAUCGUUGGUGGUACAAACCACAAAGCAGCUAUGUUGAGUUAGCAAGAGAUGUACAGUGCCCAAGUACAGCACUUCGAUAUCUGUAAGGCCUAUUAGGUAAUUGCAAAAAAAGAUUGGUAUUUGUUAGCUUGUUUUGUUCUUUCUUUUUUCCCACUGAACAAUGUAAUUCCCUUGCUUCACUGCCAUCCCAUUGUUGCUUCCGAGACAGCAUUGAUUGAUGUGAAUGAUCAUUUAUAUAUUAGUGCUAUAUUAUCAUACGCUCAAUUAUUAA